AGAGUUAGGCCGAACGUUAUCACAAUUCUCUGAGAUGGUCGUACAUGAUUUGUUUUGCUUUCGUUGGUCGUGUAACAGAACCGGAGGCGUAUUUCUUUAGGCGUGAACGGCGGCUCGAGUUGUCCCCGUCAAUUACCGCGCGAAACACCUGACUUAUUGCGUGCGACCUACGUCGUCGGCUGGGCGGAUUUCGUUACUGGCUUUAAUUGCGAGCGCUUUUAACGACGACUCCUUAUGCGUCUCGCGUGCUUCUAAUGCGCGGUCUCGCGCCGCCUCGCGCGUCGAGAUCGAGGAACAGCACUCCGACGCAGCGGGAGCAUUCCUCCGCGCGAUUAGACGUUAAAGAGUUAAUAGCCGCAAUUUCGUUCCGUCGAUUAACAAGCGGGCGUGUCGUCAUCGGUGAUACACGUGAUGAUUCCGCUGGCGAACUCCGAAAGCGUCGUUCAAAGAAAGUACGAAAUCGACCUAGCGCUAGACGGUUGCCACCAAAGUAAAGGAAAAUAGAAUAGAAUCGCCACAACUAUCGAUCUUCCAAAAAAGCACUAAGUAUUGUUGUGGUCCAUAGGUGAUCUUUUCGCAACAAUAACCCAAACAUCAAAGCACAUAGCCGCGUGUACAAAGUACAUUACACGGUAGCCGGAUUGCCAAGUCACGCGUGAGGUAAGUCCGACAAAAGGGAUUGGACCAUGCUGCCCCUUUAACUUUCUAGCUGUGUGUGAAAUAUCGAUACGAUUGAGCGAUCUAGAAAUGAGUUACGCUGAAAUAUGGAUGUGGAAGUGAGAAAAAGCAGAUAUACGGCGUACGUAGACAAUGCAUAGAGCGAGACCAACGGGAGAGGUUGCUGGAGGUGGAACAAAGAAAGAGAGAGAGAGAGGCAGAGCAGCAUCUGCAGUGGGGUGGAUAAUACAUUUGUUCGUUAACCGUCGCGAAGCCGUCGGGCCCGAAAAAAGGGAGAAUAAGAGAGGGUCAUGGCUGAUGGUGUUCGUGCAAAUUUUUGUAUGAAGCGAUUCCGACGCGCGACGAUAAAAUCCACGUCGCACUCGAGGACAGGGUGGUAGGGCGAAGGAUCGGUAGAGGAGGAUCAGUGAGAAAGAGAGACGGGGAGAGAGUAAGCUCGUCGGCCCGAAGAAACGAAUUAGCCAGUUUCAGCAUGAUCGGAUCGACAACACUAUACGGUGGGGAGGAACAAAAGUAUGGAGUAGUGGGUAGAAGGGAUGUAUCAAAGUAGGCGUGUCAUAGAGGAGGGACAAGGAUGAAAAGGGGUGGCCAAGACCUGAAGGCUUUGCAUGUGGUGGGAGAAACUCAAAUGGGGCGGAGAGAAGUGGAUAUCCUCGUUAUUGUGCUCGCAGUGGCGCGGAUAUCCAUAUAUUCUUGAUGUGCCCAUUAUGAAACAAUAGGCAAUAGAUCUUUAAAUAAAAUCCUAUACUGAGUGUGUAUGGUGGUCUUCAUCUUUUGAUAUAUGGAUAAAGUUUGUUUACCUUAUUAGUGUGCUUUGGUCUGAUUGAAUAACAGACAAUCAGAGACUCUAUGGGAUUAGGGAGACCUCUUUUAUGAUGUUGCCGCCACAUCAAUACUACAAAUAAGGAACCUUUUCUUCCACAUGUUUCCAAUACGGAUACUUGUAUUAUGUUUAGGUAGGGCAAACCAGAUUGCGGAUUACUUAAAUGGUUUAGGCAGUUUCUUAGUGACUUUGUCCUUGGUAACAUUCAACCUUGUUUCACAGUCAAACCCCUUAAAGAAGCGAAACUAAAUCUAUGGCCUAUUAACCGACCGGUCCCUAGUCGGUCGAUUUUGGUCUACAGAGCCGGAAAACCGCGACUUUCGAAAAACGCGCUACCUGGAGCACAAGAGGGAACCAGCGGAACAUUGAUCCGCGGCAAAUUCGCCAGUCCCCUACUACCGGUACCACUGGCGGUGGGGAUCGACUGGGAGAGGGAGCACACCUUACGCGAAUGGGCGGAGCUUUUGACCGAAGAGUUAAUAGAGAUACAAUCGAGGGUGUCUAGUGCACUGCACUCCGGACUGCGGCGUAGGAGGAGAGAAGAGACAAGGGGGAAGUGAGGAGGGACAGGCGGUAAGUAGGGACCCUGGGUCCCCUAGUUUAGACAUCACUGAGCGACGGAUGGACAGCCAGUCAGACCCGUCACAGCACUCGCCAGAGUACUCAGAAACCUCGGGAAAAGCUCUUCGGUUUGGACCGGCUCCAAAGACGAGCCGAUAAUUAACACGCUGCUCUCAUACCGCGUCGCGGGUACGCUCGCGGGAGCUCACUUUUUUGCGAUACGUACAGUACGGUACUGGUACGUGCAAGUGGACCCGAUGAAGCCAAUAGGGAAGACGGCGAAGCACCGGAAGAAAAGAACGUUCUCUUGCACAGUGACUCGCGGUAAGCCUUGAGGAAUGUAGCAUAGAGACGACGUGCUCCUUAGGACAUUGGUGGCACGUGGUACAUAGUGUUUACUUCGACUACGGCUCCGUAGAGAUACCUAAAGCGGAGAAUCGCGUCUCGUUGUGACCUAUCGCGAAACGGUCUACACGCGGAAUAGAAGUUUGCGUGACAGAAGUGGACAAUGAAACCGGCGAUGUGUUGUUUCCCCGUCUCUUUCCCACGCGAAUAAACACGAAGAAUUAGUGCAUCGUUAUCGAACUAACAUUAUCGGUCUAGUGCGAGACACGAGACAGUUUUACAGGACGGAGGGAAUAUUUGAAUGUGGAAUGAGCAUUACUGUGUCGCCCAUGAUAAUCAUACGCAAUUUUCCGUACAAGAUGGGUGGCCAAUAUGCUUAUAAUCCUCAUAUCUACCAUUCUGCUCGUACGUCCGGUAAUCGCAUAUUACUGCAAGAGGAGAAUCAGCCAUCGGACGACGGCGACCAGCCCGACACUGACACGCCGUUACGGUUCAGCGUUGCUAAUAUUCUUAGUCCUGAGUUUGGCCUCAAAGCCAUUCUCAGCUCAAAAACACCGAAACAAACGACCGCAAAAUUUACAAACGGACACACGACGGGAGCACCCAAUGAACAGAGCUCCAGUAGUUUGCUUUCACUUCCGCGGGAUUUAAGCCUACCGUCUACACGACUGUCACCGAACUUGUCAAACGCAACGAAUUACGCAAUCCGAGACAGUAGGGACGCUUUUUCGUCCCAUUGCGGAUUGACGUCGCCUUUGCAAAGGCAUAAUUCAGCCGGACGGCUCAGCAGGAGCGGCAGUGUAGAAAGUCUGGCAUCUAGCAGGAGUUCGGCUACCAGCGGUUCAGUUACCAGACCAUCUUCCCUAUGCUCCGCAUCGUCCACUAUCAGCGGCGAGUCUUUAAACGGAGAGACCGCACAGUCCAGUAGUAGCAACGGCGGUGUUUCAGCGAAAAGUCAAAAUGCGACCAACGGGCAGAGUCUAUGGCCCGCGUGGGUGUACUGCACCAGAUAUUCGGACAGGCCGUCUUCCGGGCCACGCACGAGGCGAGUGAAGCGUUCGCAAAGCACUAAGAGCAGCACGCCGGAAGAGAAGCGGCCGAGGACGGCCUUCAGCGCCGAACAACUGGCGCGUCUCAAGCGCGAAUUCGCGGAGAAUCGAUAUCUGACGGAGAGGAGGCGGCAGCAGCUCUCGGAGGAUCUGGGCCUGAACGAGGCGCAGAUCAAAAUCUGGUUUCAGAAUAAACGAGCGAAAAUCAAGAAGGCGAGCGGCCAGAAGAAUCCGCUGGCGCUUCAGCUGAUGGCGCAGGGACUCUACAACCAUUCCACCGUGCCGGUGGACGAAGACGGCGAGGAGAUCGUAACCGGAAGAAAUCCCUGAGACGCGAGCGAACUCGGACAUGGAAAACGACGAGUGCAGCGGGUUGGAGGAGAAGCGAGAAACUGGAAUGACGAGGUGGCCGGCGAGUAGAAAGUACUGUUCUCGCUUGAAUAUUACGCAGCGGUGUUCCGAUAAUCAAUGAUAAAGACUGAAUGCGAGAUAAAAGAUACAAAAGAAAAUUAGGAGAGUAAUAAUAAUGUGCAAUUAUUAAUCGUAGCAUAUCUUGACAUAAGUCGAUAUAGUUCCAUAAAGUUUAUCAAUAUAGUUUAUAUAUUUUUUUAGACAUUUUAGUAGUAUGCGAAUUUGUAGUAUGGGAAAUUAAGAAGACUUAGGAGGACUCAUUUACUCGUUAUUUAAGAGGACUUGGUCAUUUCCGAUCCCUUGCUUUUCGGUCACAGGACGCGAGAAGAUUAAUGAGUAGUCCCUUGAUUUGUUUUUAGAAUCCCUUACAAGGCGAGUAAAACGUCCGUAAAAUAUUGACACAACUUCUUGGAAGAUAUUCAAAGAUAUUGACACAAUUAAUAACACAAAAGACAGACCCCUGUCAGGCUCAGUUCCUGCGUUCAGCAAACGUAUUCUUUACAAGUCAGAAAUGUGCUCCUGAUUUUGACUGGAUUGAGGUAUGUUGUAAAGAAGCGAUAAAUAGUUAUGGUAUUAUAAUAUUUAUCUAGAUGUUUAGGAGUUAAGACAAUUAGAUGAGGAUUGAAUGACCGCAAAUUUGGCUAAUACCAUUCGAAUUAGAUGUUAAAACUAAGAAAUGCGCGUAGAAAUGUUUUAGCCCGGAAAAUUAUGCCUACACUUUCGCUGCCGCGGUAAUAUUGGUAAAUAUUACUUUCAAAUCGCUCUUCGCUUUGGGAGAGUGAACUGGAAUGUUCACGAAACAUUGAAAACGAAUCUGUGAAGAACGCGGCAGAUUGAGACUUCGCUUCAAUUCGAUAGGUUAUAUCGAGAAUUUUAACCUAUACAUUGUAAAUGUAUAGGUGUGAGAAUUGUACAUUAUACAUAAUUAUACAUUGUAGUAUCAAUGGAAUUAGACUGCAUAUCAUAUAUAUAUAUAUGAGAAAUCGUAUAUAUAUAUAUAUAUAUAUAUAUAUAUAUAUAUAUAUAUAUAUAUAUAUAUGAGAAAUCGUAUAUAUAUAUGAGAAAUAUAUAUACACUAGUAUAUACCGGUCUUACAUUUAUCGUCUAAGAGUAUUCUAACCUUCAUAUGCAAGGCGUUAAUAUAUAGGAUUCGUGAUUUACUUGUUAUUUAUUUUUGUUUUUGUAUAUACUGUGUAAAUAUAUAUAGAAAUAUAUGUAUGCGUUUGUGUAUAUGUAAGAUAAAAACAUAUAAACGUAGAUCAAUCAUUAGAAAAGAUGUAGAAGUACAUCAGUUUUUAAUCAUAACGUGAAGCGAUCUCAUAUUUAUGUAUAUUAUCGUCCUCUAUUAUUAUGUAAUAUGAUAUUACAUAAAUUAAUAUUGAUUAAUUGAUUAAUUUAUUUCAAGUAAUAUUGAUAUAUCUCGAUCAAUUGAUUAAUAUGAUAUUAAAAGCAAGUAGUUUAACUAGUAGAUGAAUUAUUGUAUAUUGUCAUAGGAAGUGCAUGUGUCUAAGUGUUCCUGCAUAAACGAUUUAUGUAAUUCGCUUAAUCAUGAUUAAAUCGAAAUAAAAAAAAGCUCGUCCUUC